CAUUCAUUGAUGGGCGAGCUAAGCUAGAAUAAUACUCCGUAAUCAUCUUCUUCUUUUUCUUCUCUUCUUUCUUCAUUGAUUGGUACUUGGUACUGUACAUCUCUUAAUUAAAACACAAAGAUGGCUGCAGCUACUUAUGAUGACAAGGUGGUUCUACUGUGUACAGCAGUGAGCAUGUUUGCGAUGAGGGUAAAAAUGGCACUUUCCCUCAAAGAUGUCCCCUACGAAUCCAGACUGGAAGACAUACAUAACAAAAGCUCCCUGUUGCUGGAGAUGAACCCGGUUCACAAGAAGAUCCCGGUUCUCAUCCACAACGGAAAGCCGGUCUGCGAGUCCCUCGCCAUUCUCGAGUACGUGGACGAGGUCUGGAACCACAAGUCUCCAUUGUUGCCCUCUCAUCCUUACAAAAGAGCUCAAGCCAGGUUUUGGGCUGCUUUUAUUGACCAAAAGAUCUAUGACAGUGUGAGGUCAUGGUUGUAUAAAACAAAAGACUAUAAAUCCAUCAAAGAGGAACUGGUGGGAAACCUGCAGCUGCUGGAAGGGGAGCUUGGGGAAGGGCUAUAUUUUGGUGAGGGGAUCAUUGGGUUUCUGGAUUUGGUUCUGGUUUCAUAUUUCACCUGGGUUUUGGCAUUUGAGAAUGACGUGAAGCUGGGGGUAGAGAGAGAGUGCCCAAAGCUGUUUGAAUGGGGCAAAAGGUGCCUCCAAAAUGAGGCCAUCUCAACCAGCCUUGCAGACCCUUUGAGGAUCUCUGAGUUUGUUUUGAGGAUGAGGGAAGCAAGGGGCAUUUGAUUAAUUACUGCAGGCUUUCCAGAAUAUAAUCAACACUACUGGUCCUGAAUUGAUCAAUAAUAAGUAGUAAUAAGCUGGGAUGGAAUUUCCAAUCCACAAUCUUGUCUUUUGUUAUGGGUACUUGUGAAACACCUUGAAAUCUGUCGUAGUGUUAUUGUCUCUUUGAUAUAAUUCAGUGGCUAAUUAUAUCAUUCGUACUAGCACUCCUAGUA